ACCCGCUGUCUCCUCCCCCUGCCCCGCACGCUACGCGCCGAGCAGAGCGGAAGCAGCAGCGGAGGGAGGCGGGCGGGGGUGAGAGGUGAACUGCAGCCGCCCCGGGAGGAGGAUGGUGGGAGCGGCGGCGCCCUGCGCUCUGGUUGGAAGUGCUUUGGACACAUUAGUUUAAUAUCCAGCUCCUGGGUGAUUUGGAUCCAAGGUGAGCAGAAACCAGCUCCUGCAGAGAAUAGAUAGAUUUCUCUUCUUGCAGUUCCCACCGGUGCUCUGUAGCUUCGGGAUUCUUUUGGAGCCUGCGGGACCCCAAGAUUUAGAAGAGGAACCUCAACCUGGCUAUCCCCAGCUGCGGUGGUGACCCUUGACACAUUGCCUUACAGCUGCUUAUGUUGUCCUGUGUCUAAAAGGGGACUUUUCUUGCAAGAUCCUAUAAGACAAUGUCAACUGGAAGGGUACGAACAAAAAAAAAGUCAUCUUCUUUGGACCAGUCUCCAGAUAACCUUCCUUUGAGGAGUUCUGGGAGACAGGUGAAGAAGAAGGCAGCUGAAGCAGCAGAGGAUGAUGAUGACGCAUCAGAGAAGAAAUAUAGAAAAUGUGAAAAAGCAGGGUGCACUGCAACAUGUCCUGUUUGCUUUGCAAGUGCUGCUGAAAGGUGUGCUAAAAAUGGCUACACAUCUAGAUGGUAUCAUCUCUCCUGUGGGGAACAUUUCUGCAAUGAGUGUUUUGAUCACUAUUAUCGAAGUCAUAAAGAUGGUUAUGAGAAAUACACUGCUUGGAAAAGGAUUUGGACCAGUAAUGGUAAAAGUGAGCCCAGUCCUAAAGCUUUCAUGGCUGAUCAACAGCUUCCUUACUGGGUGCAGUGCACAAAACCAGAGUGUGGGAAAUGGCGUCAGCUGACAAAGGAAAUCCAACUGACAUCGCAAAUAGCAAAAACGUACCGAUGUGGUAUGAAACUGAACAAUUCUACUAAGAUUGAGGGCUCGGACCAGUGUUCCAUGCCUGAGGAUCUGAGAGUUGCUGAGGUUUCAGACCAUUGGUGGUACUCCAUGCUCAUCCUCCCUCCUUUGCUUAAAGACAGUGUGGCAGCUCCUUUGCUCUCUGCGUACUAUCCAGACUGCGUAGGCAUGAGUCCCUCCUGUACCAGCACUAACCGAUUACUUGGUGAAUCCAACCCUGUGAAGUUAGAGCACAUAAAGAGUGCACCUAAUGUAGCUGGGAUGAACAGAUACUUCCAGCCCUUCUACCAGCCCAAUGAAUGUGGUAAAGCACUUUGUGUGAGACCAGAUGUCAUGGAAUUAGAUGAGCUCUAUGAGUUCCCAGAAUAUUCACGAGAUCCUACCAUGUACCUAGCUUUGAGAAACCUCAUCCUGUCUUUGUGGUACACAAAUUGCAAAGAAGCUCUUACCCCUCACAAAUGUACUCAUCGCAUCAUUGUGCGGGGGCUUGUGCGUAUUCGCUGUGUCCAAGAGAUGGAGAGGAUACUUUAUUUUAUGGCAAGAAAAGGGCUGAUUAAUACAGGGAUUUUGUCAGUCAGUCCUGACCAACAUCUUCUUCCCAAAGAAUACCACAAUAAAUCUGUCAUUAUUGUUGGGGCUGGUCCAGCAGGAUUAGCAGCUGCAAGACAACUGCACAACUUUGGAAUUAAGGUCAUUGUGCUAGAAGCGAAAGACAGAAUUGGCGGGCGUGUGUGGGACGAUAGGACUUUCAAAGGAGUCACUGUAGGAAAAGGAGCACAGAUUGUGAAUGGCUGUGUCAACAACCCGAUAGCACUAAUGUGUGAGCAACUUGGCAUUAAAAUGCACAAACUAGGGGAGAGAUGUGAUUUGAUCCAAGAAGGUGGAAGGAUAACUGACCCCACUAUAGAUAAGCGCAUGGACUUUCAUUUCAAUGCCAUCCUGGAUGUUGUCUCAGAAUGGAGAAAAGAUAAGACCCAACAUCAAGAUGUCCCUCUUGGAGAGAAGAUACAGGAGAUCUAUAAGGCUUUUAUUCAGGAGUCAGGUAUCCAGUUCAGUGAUCUGGAGGAAAAGGUGCUACAGUUCCACCUCAGUAACUUGGAGUACGCCUGUGGCAGUGACCUCCAUCAGGUAUCUGCACGCUCAUGGGACCACAAUGAAUUUUUUGCCCAGUUUGCUGGAGAUCACACCCUUUUAACACCAGGGUAUUCUACCAUCAUAGAUAAACUGGCUGAAGGGGUUGAUGUUCGACUUAAGCUUCCGGUACACAGUAUAGACUAUUCUGGAGAAGAAGUCCAGGUCACUACAGCAGAUGGAACUGUGUGGACAGCACAAAAGGUUUUAGUUACCGUGCCACUGGCUCUUCUUCAGAAAAAUGCCAUUCAGUUUAAUCCACCACUGCCAGAGAGAAAAAUGAAAGCCAUUAACAGUUUGGGAGCAGGAGUCAUUGAGAAGGUUGCUUUGCAGUUUCCUUAUAGAUUUUGGGACAGCAAAAUUCAAGGAGCUGAUUUUUUUGGUCACGUUCCACCUAGUUCCAGCAAACGUGGGCUCUUCAGUGUGUUCUAUGACAUGGAUCCACAGGGUAAAUAUAGUGUUCUAAUGUCAGUAGUUACCGGAGAUGCUGUGACAACCAUUAAGAAUUUAGAUGACAAACAAGUACUACAGCUGUGCAUGACUGUACUUCGGGAGCUGUUUAAGGAGCAGGAAGUUCCAGACCCAGUUAAGUACUUUGUUACACGAUGGAACAAAGAUCCCUGGAUCCAGAUGGCAUAUAGUUUUGUAAAGACAGGUGGCAGUGGUGAGGCUUAUGAUGUUAUAGCUGAAGACAUACAAGGAACAAUCUUCUUUGCUGGUGAGGCCACAAACAGGCACUUUCCACAGACGGUUACAGGAGCCUACUUGAGCGGCGUUCGAGAAGCAAGCAAAAUAGCAGCAUUUUGAAUACUGACAUUUGUGUCUAUAUAUUUUUUAAUUGUUUUCUGUUGGUAAGACUUUCUUCAAUUUCCCCUUUGCUAUCAUUCCCCCAAGUGGUACUAAAAACAGUAUAUGGUAUCUGAAGAUAAAAUCUUCAUCUUUGUUUAUUUUUUUUUCUUUCAAACCCCUGGUGCUACAUGAAGUCAUAGUUUUUCCUAAUGUCAUUUUUUUCCAACAAAGAUAUUAGUAACGUGUCAGCACUGACAUUGGAGUCUCUUGCUACUGUGGCACACACAGGUCUACUAACAGAGCCUGCUGUGUGAGGCCUUUUUCUAUAUGGUUCAGCCCACGCUAUUGUAGUAACCCACCUGCAUUGAAGUUCAGAAUAAGAGAGCAAUUGAUUUCUAUACAGUAUUAAAACAUGGUGAAUUAUUUGGUGGUGGGACUUCUAAAUUCAUUUUGUUCUCAGGUUGAUCAUGAUCAGAGUAGCACUUGAACAAACAAGCCAAAUCAUGGAAUGAUAACGGAGAUGGUUGUAAGAGAGAACAAAAUCAGUUACAUCUCCCCACCCCUAACCCCAAUAACCUCUUCUGACAUUUUUUCAAUGUACUUACUGUCCACCAGUCAGGCUUUGGCAAUGUGUUCCUUUUAAAUAAAAACUGCUGGAAGUUUAUAGUGCAAUCAUCAAAGGGUUAUUGAAGCUAAAGGAUUUUUCAAAAGGAAAAAAGCUUUUAUGUUGCAGUAAAAAUGCCUCUGCAAUGUUCUCUGUGCUGCAUAUUCAGCAUUGUACAUGUAGAGGAAUUAUCUUUAUGAUAAGAGUAAGUUUAGGUUUGCUCAGUGUUGCUCAUCAUGUAAGUAGGGUAGCGAAAAAAAUUGUAUGGGUUUAGAUGUUUUUCCUUUGAAAGUGAACUUCCAAAUUCAUUUGAGCUGAGUAGGUGAAUCACUUACACGUAUAAUUGAGAGCUUAAUUGGGGAUAAAGAGGGUGUAAGUUAUUAGUGGCUCAUUCAGCUUUUGUAUUUAAAAUAGGUGAAGAUGAAUGAGGUAAAAUAUUCAUGCUUUUUAUGAAGGGCUGAAAUAAGGUGGCUUGCACUUUGAUUUAGUUUUUUAUUAUUUGAAGGUAUUAUUAAAAAAAAGACUCUGGAGUAAUUCAGUAAAGGAUAAGCAGAUACCUAAGAAGUUUUUCACACAGGGGAAGGCAGCA